GGGGGGGGGGGAAGGAAAGCUUUCGGUCCUCCUCUUCUUCCUCCUCCUCCUGCUGCUGCUUCCGUCCAUCGCGCAGGCUCGCCUCUCGGGCAUGCUCUUUGGCGCCCAGGCAGCCCCACUCGGCUGGGCAGCGGGGAAAGUUGCUCCUCGAGGGCAGGCGCGAAGAGAGAAAGCCACCAAGGGAAGGAAGGAAGGAAGGAAGGAAAGAAGGAGGGGAGGGCUCCCGAAAGCCGCGUCCCUUCCCUCCCCCUGCGUUGCGCCUCUCCCUCCUCCUCCUCCUCCUUCCCUCCCUUUCCCCCGUCGGAUCCAGCCAGUGCCUCGCUUUCUGCGGUGAGGGAAAGGACAGCCAUGGAGGAGGCAGAAGCAUCGUCAACCUGUGGGCUGCAGUCGCUCUCCUGACUGAGGAGAGGAGGCAAAGGAGACCCCAGCCUCCUCGCUCCGCCUAAAAAGCGGGGAGAGAAGAGAGUCAAGGGAGGGAAUAAGAGAGAGAGAGAGAAAGACAGAGAUGCCGAUGCCCCGGCGCCGCAGCCAGCUGGCACCUGCCUGGUCCUGGGAUGAAAGGAUUAAUUGAAUUGCCUUGAACGGAGGGAGGCGACGAGGAGAAGGCGCGCUCGCCGUCGAAAGGAGCUGAUUUCCCUCCUUUUCCCCGAAGCCAAAGGGGCAAAACAAGGAGCCGCGAUGGAGUGCCUCCUCCCGCAUUGCCUUCCCUGCUGAACCGGAGGAGGGGAAAAAAAGCAGCCCCCUCCUUCCCUCCUCGGAUUGCGCCAUUCCGCUCCCCCAAUUUCACCUCCCUGUCUUCGUCUCCCAAACCCCAGUCUCCCUCAACUCCUGAGGCGAACAGAAAGCUGAUUCAUGGAGCCCCGAGCCGGCUUCCUCUUCCCCUUCCUCCUCCUUUUGAAGAGCAGGAUGCUGCCGCUGGAGACUUCUUCUUCGCCCUGACCUCCUCCUCCUCUUCCUCCUCCUCCCCCUCCCCCCACCCACCCGACGCAAGGGGGAGGGGACCAUAAAAAGCCCGCUCCUGCUCCUGGCCCUUUCGGUGCCCCCUGCUUCCCUCCCUGCCUCCCUUUUGCCUCUCUUGUUAUUUUGGAAACUGUGGCUACUACUGGCUGGCUCUCCGACCCGGGAAACCUUCAUGCCUCGCCGUGGAGACCCAUUGUGUGACUUUCUGGCUAUUUGCUGAGUUUCUCCCCGAGAUGCAGCUCUUGAAAGCUUUAUGGGCACUAGCAGGAGCAGCGAUCUGCUGUUUUCUUAUCUUUGUCAUCCACUCCCAAUUCCUUAAAGAAGGUCAAUUGGCUGCAGGUACAUGUGAAAUUGUUACAUUGGACAGAGAUAGCAGUCAACCUCGAAGAACUAUAGCUCGACAAACAGCUCGUUGUGCAUGUAAAAAAGGACAGAUUGCCGGUACAACGAGAGCAAGGCCCGCCUGUGUUGAUGCACGCAUUAUUAAAACAAAACAAUGGUGUGAAAUGCUUCCAUGUUUAGAAGGAGAAGGCUGUGAUUUGCUAAUCAAUAGAUCAGGCUGGACCUGUACGCAACCAGGUGGGCGAAUAAAGACAACUACGCAUGGCUAUGGUGACAAAAACUACUCUGAAUAUAAUUUCAUUUGGAGGUCUCCUGACAAAUGCAACAACAGAGACGCCUUGUAGGAGUUUUUAGGCUCUGUAUGGGCUACAUUUCCUCGUCAAGUUUCACUGCUGUGGAUCAUCGUCCAUUAUAUGUCAUCCGUUCAACUGUCUCUUUCUCUAUGUUUCAUCAAAGACAGCAUACUUCUACGUUAUGAGCUAAAGUCUGUUCUACCAUACUAAAGAGCACUGGACUAAGGAAUCAAGAUGUUAGAGAAAUGCUCGGGCAUUAGCAAUACAAAAACAAUAAAACACAUUCACAGUUAACGUCUCAUCUGCGUUGUAUGCCACUGCUGAACUUGAUCUGUGGUGAUGUUUUAAUCUGAAGAGUUUACUCCACUCGAGAGAACUCAUCCCAAUCAGCCUUAGAGAAGACUGUUUUGUCUGUGGGGGGACACUGAGGUGCAGAGGACAAUUUCUUCUCACGCCCUAGACUGCCUGAAUUGCUUUUAUUUUCUUAUGUUUCGGUAUAUACAAUAGACCAAAGAGCAAAAUUUAUUUUAAAGUGGACACAAUGUUACUGUUAACAAAGUUAUUUGAAUUCAGCAGUAUGGGAACCACCAUGCACGAAUUCCGCUCACCCAGUGCUGCAACGUCACUUUCCAGCCAAUGUCUUUAUGGAACACUGCAGAAAAAGCUGGAACUGCUCUUGGAGGAAAGUACACUAGAGAACACAAGGGAACAAGGAGAGAAAAUGACCAUCCUUCAGCAAGAAAACAGAACUUUGAUUGAAAACAACACAGACUGUCUACAUACCACCUUUACUCCUCUGUGCUUAGAUUGACUUCUCGUACUAAAAUCAUUUUGAGUUUAACCAGUUCAACAUGCCUCUUCUAUGGUUCCAUUAUUUUAUUUUUAUUGUUAAAAGUUGGAUAAUACAGUAUUUGCAAAGAGCAUGUUUGGUCAUCUGUGGCCUAUGUCUCAUCUGAUCCACCAUUUAGCACCAGAAAGCAAAUCCAAGGGGGGGAAAGUAACACUUGUUUGAAAGAGAUCAUUAAAUGUAUUUUGAAAAGCCUAAAGUUAUAUAUUUAACAGUUUUUAUAUGUUGUAUAUUUGUAGAAAAUCCUAUUUAACAAUUAACGUGGUAACUCUGACAGUCAUGACACAAAUGGGCUCAGAGUUGAGUUGUUGUUUUUAUUACUUCAGUUGUCUCUGAAGUGACUGGUGUAGUUUGCUUUCUUCCAUUGGGACAUUCUGGAUGUAAAGCAUGACCAGAGAGGACUCUGUAGAAAAAGCAAAGAAUAAUGUUGUUUAUAUUACAUAAAUGCAUUCAACCAUUGCACUGUUGGAAGGCUUUCUCUCUCUCCCUCUCUUUCUCCAACUUUUGUCUUUUUCUUUUUCUUUGAGGGGUGGUAGAUUUUUAUAUACCAGUAAAACAAUGUACAAUAUCUUAAUGGUUUACUUUCCACAUUGAGUUCUGUUCUUCCUCUCUUUUUCCCUCCUUUUGAAUUUGGUAUAAAGGUAAGCUUACUCCUUGAUAAAGAUGUAGGUGGCUUUAUGAUUUUUUAAAGAUCUCAUACAUUAGAAAGCCCUUUUUUCAAUAUGAUAGGGUAGUGAAUGUUAAAGAUGAGUUCUAUAUAAGAAACAAAAAAAGAUGUUAGAUCAGUAACCUCCAAAGUGGUAUCUGCUCCCAUCUACAAGUCUGGCUAAUAGUGCUAUGAGACCAACAAGUGGGCUUUUCUCCUCCCUCCCAAAAGGUAUUUGCUAAUAUUAAACUUUUCCCCAAUAUCCACUGUAGUAUACUACCUAAAUACUCCAAUUAACUUUUAGUAUUAUGCUAGUUCUGUGCUACUAAAGAAAAAAUAUAUAGAGAUUGUUGAAGCAACCAUAGAUGAGAGGUAUGAAAAGGAAGUUCAUUUAUUUAAGACCUAUCCCAAUUUUCUAGAUUAUUUUAAUGCACAGGUUGAGGAAACCAUGAAUUAUGGGUGACAGUGUCUAUGAAUAAAACAUUUGCGCAGGAGGUCUUAUUUCAUCAUAAGGGUUUUGAUCAGUGUCCAAGUAGCAAUUAAUGCCCAGCCGCUUGAAAAGUAUUAUGAACUGCCAACAGUAUAAAUGACCAAUGUCCGACUUAAGGUGUCAUGCAAUAAAUGAUGGUAGAUACUUCAACUGUAUUAUAAGAAUUGGAAAGCCAGAUCCCUCACUCCACUCACUUUCUCUUUUGUUACAGUUUUAUUUUAAUUUUUUUUUUGAAGGGAGUGUAGUAGCCUUAUUUAGUAAAUACUGAACAAAAUUAAAAUGUUUCAACAUUUUUGUUGCUUUACAGUAUUCAGUUUUGUGUUGGUUCAGCUAAAUUAUGAAAAAAAUAAAGAAAAUCAUUUUAUAAGCGA